AUGAAUUCUUAUUCGAAGUGGCUAGAAGUCAAAUUAGUAUCUACUACAAGCACAAGUUGUGCAAUCAACAGUCUUCGUUCUAUAUUCGCAACACUUGGAUUACCAGAUUCAAUUGUAUCUGACAAUGAAACAGCCUUCACCUCUGAGGUUUUCAGUCAGUUUUGUAGAAGUAAUCUUUUUUCACACAUCCUUUCUGCUCCUUUUCACCCAUCGACCAAUGGACAAGCAGAAAGGAUGGUUCGUACUACUAAGGAUUAUCUCAAACGGAAUAAAAACGGAUGUGUUAAGCUUCGCCUGGCAAGGUUUCUGCUACUUAGUCAUAAUACACCAUCAACAGUUACUGGCAAAUCUCCGGCAGACAUCUUGUUCAAGCGUCGACCGAUGACAUACUUUGAUAAAAUCCACCCUGAUAGCCAACCGCUUCGUUACAAAAAAGAUCACGUUACAGUUAGAACUGAAAAUGGCAAGACGGUUCGCAGGCAUUCAAACCAACUUCGACUUAGGAGUCAAGAGACUCAUAAAGAACCGGAUCCGAAACAACAACAACAACAACAAUCAAAACCACCAUAG